CCUAUUUCUCACUCAUUUCUCAUCCGAUUUACCUCAUUUUUUCACCGUUUUUCUUCAUUUUUCGUCCUCUACCCUUCUCUCCUCCAUCUAGCAACCUUAAUCUUGUGAUUUAUUCGGAGUUUCACUGUCUUUUUCACCGGAUCUCAUUGCCUAACAAUUUCAAGCCCUAGUUCAAGUAGGCAUGCUGAACAAACGUGUUGCAUCCAAGAGGCCGAGAUGUGACAUGGCACCUAUUGGGGAGCCAAACUUUGAUUGCCCGCAACAGAAGGCUCGUUAUGCAUGUUUGAAGACCAAACCUUUUGGAGUCAUGCACACAAUUGAAUGGAAUGAUCUCGAAGCCAUUGGUUUGGAUGAGGAGGCCUUGGGAUUAACUUCAUACGAUGGAUGGGACAAAGUGCUCUCCAUUAGCGAGCCAGCGUAUCGUGAGCUCACAUUGGAGGUCUUAAGCACCAUCGAGCUCAUUAGGCCAUCCAGGGUUUCAUUCCAAGCAUUUGGGGUACGGUGCACUCUUACAAAUACACAGUUGGGAUGUUUCUUGGGCCUCUAUAGUGAGGAAGUUGCACAAACCCCCACAUUUUGUGGCCUCCCCACUGAUUUCCCGUCCAAAGUGACUUACACAAAGUUUUGGAACAAUAUCUUGGGCCGGAGGACACAUGAGUCGAGGAAGGCUUCUCGGUUCCUCAACCCGGCACAUCGGUACAUUCAUGCCUUCUUACUACGGCAUUAGUGGCCGGAAUGAUAGUACAGGCGUCAUCACGCGUUCUGACUUACUCAUCUUGUACAGCAUCAUUCAGCACUACCCCAUUCACCUUGGACAUCUUUUCGUCGAGUUGUUUAUUCAUCAAGGUACCUUUGCCCGCCUCGGAGCUAUCUUUGCUAGCCCGUAUAUCACUCGUAUGAUUUGAGGCAUAGGUUUGGUCUAGCACACUCAGGGUAUGCAUAUUGUUGGAGGACCCACGCCUUUGGGGAUGACCACUAUGUUCACAAUGGGUUUGGUGGAGAAACAUAACGACACUUAUUCUCUGAUUCGCUACUCGGUCAUGGGUGAGCGCAUGCCUCCACCUAAGUCUGAGCCCGAGUAAGAGACUUCAAAACUCUUGCUUUACUUUACUUCCUCUCACCAGCCCUCAAUUCAAACAUAGCAUAAUAUAGUGUUUGGAUUCAAAAGUAGAAGAGAAAGUAAGAGGAGGGAAGAGGAGGGACAGUAAGGGAAAGGAAAGUAAGGGUUCAACCGUUGUUUGGAUAGACAAAUUUUAUGGAGGGAAAGGAAAUGAGAGUUUUU